AUGAGUACAGAGACCAACAUGUCCACUAAAGCCCAUCCUAGCGCUAAAGCGCCGCAGAAGACUGUCCUUAAUCUAGGCAACUUGCCCCCUAAGCUUAAGCCUUCAGACAUGAAGCAGAGUGCGAGCCAAUAUCCGCGAACCCCUUCUCGUGUCAACCCUAACCAACCUCCUUGGCCAGCAUACCGAGGAUAUCAUGAAUACUCUUUCGCUCAUGCUACUAUGGGUGUACGACUUCCUACCAUUUUGGGUAAAGCCAUUGAUGAUGUCUGGAAGACCCUCAACCAGGAGUACGAUGAAGAGAAGAUUGUUGACCUCGUCAACUGUAUUCACCGAUUGGAAGAUUUGAUGGGUGACUUGCAAGGUAACAGCAAGCUUAGACCUAUUAUCGAUGAUGGUGCUGGUGAUGUUGCUCUUUGGAACAAGGAAAUUGCGAAAUUCUUCCGGGGUAAAGACUUCAUGAAUGCUCCUUGGCUUUUCGCUGAAGCUUACAAAUACCGACGAUUGAGGGAGUGUUUCUCUCUUUCCAAGUACUGGGUCGACUACGAUGUCUUCUUCCGACAAAAGUGUGACACCUUCUCUCGAUCGAGUCAAGCCGUCUUUGAGCUGUCUCAAAGAUUUGCUGAACCUCACAAGCACGACCAAAAUCUUUCUCCCGAGGCCUUAUUAGAGAAGAACAAAUUAUUGUUCCUUGAAUUGACUCAAGUCUGCCUUUGGGGUAACUCUACCGAUCUUUCAUUACUCAUCGAUAUGACCGAGGAAGAUAUCAAGAAACUUCAAUCUACAGGUGGUGAUCAUCUCGCUGCUACAGAGAAGAACAUCUUAGGAAACGAUCUACACAAACUAGCAGAUUAUGUUUUGACCGUCAAGAAUGGUAGAAUCGAUUUCGUGCUUGAUAAUGCCGGUUUCGAACUUUAUUGUGAUUUGGUUUACGCCGAUUGGUUGAUCCAAUCUGGUACUUGUGAUAAGAUCAUCUUCCACGGAAAGCGACUUCCUUGGUUCGUCUCAGAUGUGACUAAAAAGGAUUGGGAUUGGAUUCUCAACUCUUGUGUUUACGGUCAACUCUUCCAAGAUGCGUCGGACGCCGAGGUUGAGACUCUCAGAACCCUCGGUCACAGAUGGAAGCAAUACGAGAAAGAGGGUAAAUGGAAGUACGAGGCCCAUCCCUUCUGGUGUACUGGAUACACAUUCUGGGAUCUCCAUUCUGAAGCACCCGAUCUUUUCCAAUACCUUUCUGAGUCUGAUUUAGUGAUCUACAAAGGUGAUCUUAACCACCGAAAACUUACAUACGACUGUCAUGCACCUCUUGACACUCCAUUCAACCAAGCCAUCGGCCCUCUUGCUUCUGAGCCUGGUGCUGCCCCCGUCUGUUCUUUACGAACUAUCAAAUCAGAUGUCGUCGUCGGUAUCCCAUCAGGUGUAGGAGAGAGACUCGAUGAAGAAGAACCUGGAUGGAAGAUCUCCGGUAAAUACGCUGUUGUCUUACUCUCUGAAGGUAGAAAAGGUGAAACUCCAGUUUACAACAAUUAA